UUUGUAUUUUGUAUUACCCAACUCCCUAGCAAUAAGGUAGGACUGAAAGAUCGAAUGCGGGGUACUGGUGCUCCAAAACAGAGUGCACGCAGCAAACAGUAUCUGGCUCCUCCAGAAAGCACUUCUCCUGGACUAGACCUUCCUGCAGAAUCACCUAGCCCUACCAAGGUGCAGAAGAGUUGGAGCUUUAAUGACCGUACACGGUUUCGGGCUUCUUUAAGGCUUAAACCAAAACCACAGACAGAUGCAGAGGGAGUAGGAGAUGACAGUAAUGAUGAGAAGAGGCUCCCCAGUGAUCUAACUAUGGAGGAAAUAAUGCCAACUGUGAAAACACUGAUCAGAGCCUUUCGGAUCUUAAAGUUCCUUGUAGCAAAGAGGAAAUUCAAGGAGACUCUCCGUCCAUACGAUGUGAAGGAUGUGAUUGAGCAGUACUCUGCUGGCCAUCUAGAUAUGUUGGGACGAAUAAAAAGCCUCCAGUGUCGAGUAGACCAAAUUAUUGGCCGAGGUCCUGUUCCAGUGGAGAAGAAGCCACGUGAAAAAGGAGAGAAACCCCCUAUUGGACAUGAAGUAGAUGCUGCUGAUGAAUUGAGUAUGAUGGGAAGAGUGGUGAAGGUUGAGAAG